AUGAAAGCAGAGGGGCCAGCUGGACAGCAGUACAGUCCAGGAGAUAGAUGUUGGUAUCUUGGCCAGGGUGGUGGUAAUGGAGGUGGUGAGAAGUGGCUGGCUUCUGGACAUACUUUGAGAGAGGGGCCGAGAGAAUUUCCUGACCAGUUGGAUGUGGAGUGUGGGAGAAAGAGAGCACGCCAGGCCCCCUCCGAGAGUAUUGUUCAGGGCAAAGCUGGAGGGAGGGAGACAGUUCAGGAGGCUGUGACAUCAGUGCCACCUGACAUUAAAGCUCCUAGUGCACUGGCAAAGGAAGUCCAGCUAGCUUGCUGGUUGUUAGUGGAAUCGGUGUGGUGGCUGAUUGGAUUUGGGAAGCACGAGAGAGAAUACAGUGAUGGUGGUAGACCACCUCAAGGAAGAAAGAAAGGUUGUAGUUCUUUCCCAGGUAAUUCUGGCAAGAGGAGCCCUCAUUAUGAACACGGUGGGGGUGAGCCUCAGCCCUCACACCUCCAGGAGGAUGAUGGAAACGUGGUGAAGAGGGAUGUCCAGGAGGACCCCGAAGUAAGACACUCUCCCUGUACCAUCCCAGGCAACGAGAGGACAGUGGGAUGGCACAGUGAAGGCCACAUGCAUAUGACUGUGUGGGGAAACAGAAAACCUCUGGAGAGAGAAAUGCGGGAGAACACACAAGAUGGAACCCCAGGGAGCUGGUUCAGGGUCACCAUUCCUUAUGGGGUAAAGUAUGACAGGACAUGGCUAAUGAACUCAAUCCAGCGCCAUUGCAGUGUCCCCUUCACUCCAGUGGACUUCCACUUUAUGCACACUGGGGCUGAGUUCUUUGUCCAAGAAGCUAGCACUGCCUCUGCAUUGAUGGAUGUCAGCAACAAGAUUUGUGACGAGGAGAGCCGAAAGAUACCUGUGUUUGUCAGCCCCUCCGCUGCUCCCUACUCUGUGCAGGAUAAGUUGAAGCCAGAAGAAAUGGAGCAGCUAAAACUGACCUUGAGCAAACGAUUUGAUGUCUCCCAGCAAGCUCUUGACCUCCGGAGGCUCCGCGUUGACCCAGGCUUGUUGGGCCAUGAUAUUGAUAUAAUUCUGAAUCAAAGAAGCUGCAUGGCUGCCACCCUGCAGAUCAUCAAAAAGAAUUUCCCUGAGCUGUUGUCCUUGAACUUGAGCAGCAACAAACUGUACCAGCUGGAUGGCCUGUCUGACAUUAUACAGAUGGCCCCCACGGUCAAGAUCCUGAACCUCUCCAAAAAUAAGCUGAAGUAUCUGUGGGAGUUGAGGAAGAUUAAAGGGCUGAAGCUUGAAGAGCUGUGGCUGCAAGGGAACCCAUUGUGUGGCACCUUCCCCGACCAGUCCACCUAUGUAAGGGCCAUCAGAGAAUAUUUCCCGAAGUUGUUACGCCUGGAUGGCCAGGAGUUACCGUCACCAGUUACCGUUGAGGUUGACACUCCCUACGAAGUAAAGCCCUGCAAGGGCAGCUACUUUGGAUCUGAUAAGCUGAAGAGACAAGUCCUGCAAUUCCUGCAGCAGUUCUACUUGAUCCAUGACUAUGGAGACCGACAGUGUCUCGUGGGUGCUUAUCACCACAGGGCCUACUUCUCCCUGACCAUUCCCUUCCACCCCGAGGACCCAGCCCCAAGCAGCUUGUGCGAGUACUUCAAGGACAGCCGGAAUAUGAAGAAGCUCUCGGACCCCUACCUGCGGGUCCAGCUGCUGAAGCACACAAAUCGUGUCAUUGUGCACACCCUCUGUGUGUUGCCCAAGACUCAGCAUGACUUAAGCUCCUUCGUGGUGGACACGUGGUCCCAGACGGAAACGAUGCUCUGCUUCUCCGUCAGCGGGGUGUUCAAGGAAGUGGAAGGAAGUUCUCAGGACUGUGUGCGUGCUUUCACCCGGACCUUCAUCACUACCCCUGCCAGCUACUCCAGUCUGUGCAUUGUGAAUGACGAGCUGUUUGUGAGGGACGCCAGCCCCAGUGAGACCCAGAGUGUGUUCUCCAUCCCAGCGCCUACGCCCACCUCCAGCUCCAUGCACACCCUCUCCCAGGAGCAGCAGGACAUCAUGCAGGCGUCCUCCAUCCCACCUGAGGUGAACCUCUAG